GCUACCGUCACACUGCCUAAAACUUGGGAAAAUCACAGAGCUUGACUAGAGUGCCUACUACACUUUUCUACAGUUUCCAUAUUCAUAAAUUUGGAAGAGGAAAAGAAAAACUCCCAAUUCCAAGUUCAUAUUUCUGCUCUUCUUUCACAGGAAAGGCGAAGGGUGUUAUUUCUUGAUGUCUACAGUGGGAAAUCCUGCAAACAUAUUCUGGCAUGAAAAUCCAGUUGGUAAGGCAGAAAGGGAAAAGCUGCUCAACCAACAGGGAUGUGUUGUGUGGAUCACAGGUCUCAGUGGAUCAGGAAAAAGCACACUUGCAUGUUCCCUAGGUAGAGAAUUGCAGUCAAGGGGUAAGCUUUCCUACGUUCUUGAUGGCGACAACCUUAGGCAUGGUCUGAACAAGAAUCUUGGGUUCUCAGCAGAAAGCCGGGCUGAGAAUAUACGUAGGACUGGGGAAGUUGCAAAGCUCUUUGCAGAUGCUGGAUUAAUUUGCAUUGCAAGCCUGAUAUCUCCUUACAGAAAGGAUCGAGAUGCUUGUCGUGCGUUAUUGUCAGAUAAAAAGUUUAUUGAGGUUUUUCUGAACAUGCCUCUACAAUUGUGUGAAGAAAGAGAUCCAAAAGGCCUCUACAAGCUAGCUCGUGCGGGGAAGAUCAAAGGUUUUACUGGAAUAGAUGAUCCUUAUGAACCGCCUUUGAAUUGUGAGAUUGAAAUACAACAAAAAGAUGGAUUAGUUCCUGCACCAAAUGAAAUGGCUGGGCAAGUAGUUUCUUAUAUGGAAGACAGAGGCUUUUUGGAAGCUUAGCGAUCGCGCUUGCUCCAUAUAACAAGAAAAGACUCAACAGAUGGGAAUUACAGAGAAUUUUUAGUUCUCUCCAUCUGUUUCUACCAUUACAUUUUCUGUUUGAUAUCAUCAGUUUUAGAUUUUACAUAGAUGAUCUCAUCUAUGUACUACAGUCGGCUGGCUUGCUUCUUCCGACUAGUUAGAUGUGUUACUUAGAUGAUGAAUAUGCUACUCAUCAAUUUGCCACUUUCUUGAAGACAAUGUUGAAUGCCAGAGUCUCCUUAUAAGUUCAAGGUUUUUCAAGCAGAGAAAACAAGAAAGUCUGACAUUCCAUGUUUUUAUGGAGAAUCUACACUACCAAGAAGAUAUUCUUGUUGAAUUCUCUUAGCAAAGGCGUCUUGUGCUGAGGACUUUCACCAGUGGAAAUAAUUAAAAUUAUGCAGCUUGCUUAUUUUUUUUUUACUCUUUAGUGAUUAAUUUACCUUUCACUUCUCGGAAAUGAAAUGAUGUCAAAGAUAUCUUUGUUUCCACGAGCAGUUCUUCUGCUGGUAAUGAUUUUGAUGUUAGUGACUAUAUUAUAGAGCUGAAACUGGAAAUAGACCUAUUUUAUAUGGUGUCACCCCGUCAAACUUCAAGAAUGUUGUGACAUGUUUGGUAGUGAAUUGACAAAAAAUAAGAUAAGCUGAAAAGUUCAUGCCGGAAAUUUUGGGUCUGCCCAUAAGGGAUGCUCUAAGGCUCAUUAAGGUAAUUAUUUUAACCCUAAUUGUUUAUAUAAGCACACCUAAAGUGUAGAAUUAAAUAUAGAAGAGAGGCAGACUCUCAAAGAAUCCUAUUUUCUACCGCAUAUCAUUAGGGUUUAGACCCUGAUUUAGGGGUUGAUCCAAUAUACUGUGACAAUCACCACCGAUCGAUAAUUCCAGCCGCGGUUCAUCCAUUCCUUCCGCUUCCGCUACGCGAACUAGUAAGUUCUUGUUUUAGAUUAGUGCGUUCCUUCAGUUCCAAACAUGAUGCCAAUACUGUUCUGCAAAGACUGGUGCCUGCAUAAUAUCUGAAGUUAGAAAAUGUAAGUUCAGCUCCACUUUUUCAAAUGGAAGCUCACUGCUUAAUAGUAAUUCUUUACUUUUAUUAAUGAUGUGAAACAACAACAACUCUCAGGAUUAGUCACACAUUUACUGGCUCUUAUUACUUUAUUGACUGAUUAAAUCAUAAAAGAAUAAAGAAAAACAUGCUAAAUGCCGUCAAAAAGAAAAAUAAAUAAAAAAAAGAGCUGUUUGCCAAAUGUAAAUGGCCUACGUCACUUAACCACCCACUUGGCUUCCAAAUUCCACAAUAUUCUAAUUAGUAAAGUUACUUUGGUUUAAAAAAUAAGACGAAAUGAAAACCAUAAAGCAAGAAUCAGACAGAGAUUUUCAGCAAAAGAGAGAAAGAAGAGAGAGAAAUUAAAAGCAAUGGUUUUUAACAGUCCAGUGGUGGUGAGUGUGGCGAAUUUAUCUGCAGAUUUUUGCCAAUAUAUAGCUUGCAAUCCGGAAAGACUAAGCAGUGAUCAAGUUCUUUAUCUAAUCUUUUGUUACCCCUUUCAACAGCUUCAUCGCUUCACACUCUGUCUCUGGACUUUCUUUUGUUUCCCUCUGCCUAACACAUAUCUCUCUUUUCCCUCCUCUGGUCUGUUUUAAAUGUCCAAGAUUCACACCACAUGCUACUUGAAUAAUCUUUUGUUUUAUAACCUUCCCGUAUCCGAUACUUACUGGCUUGACUAAUCUGGAUCCGUGUUGUGUAUGCUCGUUACAGGGGAAGCGCUUCCUACCAAAUGGGACUUGAGUCGGACAUCUUUGCUAAAGAGCGGAGGGAUCCUAUCAAUCCGUCACACCCUGUGGUAGUUUCUGGAAUAAUGUUAAUAUAUGCCCACAUGUACUGUGUCUGUAAUAAUCAUCCUUUUUCCCCUUACUGAGGAAUAUGUCAUUUUGAUAGUCUUACUAUGAUUUUCUUGUAACUCCCUGUUGGUUAUGCGGGAAAGAUUUUCUGGACUGGUUAUGAUAUCUAAAUUGGUUAAAGAUUUAAUUUU